CGUCUCGUGACUAAGAAAAUCAAGAAUCUUUGAGGGAAUAAAAGGACUUCAUGGGGUGAGAGGGAGAGGUCAAAGAGAGAGCCUUACCGAUGGAUUGCUGUUCUGGGUUUUCUUCAAGAUUGGAUUUUGGAAUACUUUCAACCAUUUCCUCCUCUGGGAUCACCUUUUGCGGUCGCUGUGGCUUUUGGGGGUUUGGAGAUUCUACUGGAAGCGCGAGUGCGAGGAGAAUGACUACCAGAGCGGCAGUAGAUGAUGACGACGAUUUUGUCGAUGAAAUCCCAAUUAUAAAGACUACGAAGUUAAUGAAGACAACAGCUGGGCGGGUAUACAAAAGGAUGUGCGAUGAAGGACUUUUGGUUGGGAAGACUGGAGUGAAAGUUACAUGUUUUUGCAAUGUAUGGGUUGGAGCAAACAUUGUGGAGGGAGUGGUCAGUGAUACAGAUCUGUUAGAAUUAAAGAAAUCAGCAUUUGGUGACUUCUUCAACCUAGGUGGAAUUAAGUGGUUGACGGGUCAGUUGAUGACUUUGUUGGCACUGAAUUAUGUGCAACCAAUGAAGCGGACCGGAGAUAUGGACAGGCUAAAGUUUCACAUUGGUGACCGAGUAGAGGAGUUCAAGAAAUCAGACUUUGCAUUGAUAACCGGGAUGAAGUUUGGGAAAAAAACCGAGUUUGUGGGUAUUGACAUGGAUGAGCCUAAUGACAUAAGCAUGAGGUAUUUUGGAGGGAAAAUGAGCGUAACACGUCAGGAUGUGGAGCAUGUGUUCAAGAAUGUACGUGGGAUUAGAGGUAAGAAGCCUAUGGAUGUACUGAAAUUGGCUCUGCUUUACCUUGUGUGCUGCCAUGUCGUAGGGAACCAGGGGAGGACAAGGAUCCCAGCACUGUACAUGCAUUUGGUUAAUGACUUGGAGCUGUUUAAUGACUUUGAAUGGGGAGAGCACCUGUGGAAGGAUGUGGUGGAGAGCAUGGGCAAGUGUUCUUCGAUCCUCAACACGGGGGGUAAUGGUCGUUUUACAUUUCCCGGAUUUUUAUUCCCCUUGCAAAUUUGGUCGUUUGAAACAUUCCCCCGUUUGAUGGAGAAUGGAAUUUGCGCAAUUGGGAAGGGCAGUGGAUCCUUGUGUCCGAGAGCAUUGCGUUGGGAGACUGGGGUGCGGCCUAAACAUGAUGUGUUGGAGAAUUCAAUCUUUGGAAAACCAGGGGAAAGUGUCAACUGGAAGGAGAUGGUUGCAACCCCCAUGGAGCGUGGCAUGGGAAACUUUGAAAGAUUGUUAAGUGUGGGAGGUGCAGGUAAUGGUAGCAGUUCAAAUGCUUGUGGAGAAGCUGUUAAUGAAGAAUAUGGAGCUGGCCAUAGGUCUUUAAAGGGUAAGUUUCAUUGGGGGCAUGUGACUGCAUGUGCUGAUGGCGUGCAGAACGAAGACGAAAUGCAGAACCCAACUGUGGUGGAGGAUGUAUUGGGUGAGGGGAGAGGUGAAAAUGAACCUGCAUUGCGUGAUGUCCUGACCGCCAUAGUGCACAUGGAGAAGAGAAAUAGCAAACUACGAGUGGAAGUGACUAAACUGCGAAUAGCACUGAAUGCACAAAGCCGGCUACUGAAAAGGGUAUUAUUAGGUAGAAAAAUGGCUAAGCGGCAGCAGAAAAAGAGAGGAGAUAAAAGAGAAGAGAAUGGAAUGCCGAGCUUCGAUUUGGGUAUAGAGAGUCAAGAGAGGAGAGAUGAUCCAGGCAAUGGGCAGGAGGAUAUGAUUUGGGAGGAGGACAUUAUUAGGGAUGCUGAUAUAGGAACCCAACUUGGUGUUUCUGAUAAUGAUGUUGAAGAUUUGUUGAAUGACGUAAACACACAAGAGGUUGAUGGGCGAUGGAGGAAGGCAGUUGAGGGUUUGGGGCUGAAAUUGGAUUCAGGCAAGGGUGCAGAGUGUAGUAAGUUAAUGAAUUUGGCAAAUGAAAAGACAACAGAUGAUGUGCAUCGUGAUGAAAGGGUAGUGGAAGAGCAAGCGAAUGUUGUUCAGCGUAUGGAUGAUGCGGAACUUGUAAGGCCAUCCAUAAGUAAAGACGUGUGUGCUGGAGGAUCUGGAAGUGGGAAUGGAACUGUUAUUGGAGAAGUGGCUGGUGGGUUCCGUGACAAGUUUGAGACUGCUUCUCAAAUUAUUGAGGCACAGGAGGUGACGCCGGAGAAAAUUUGCUAUGAGAAUGUAAGGGAGGUGGAUGAAGAGAUUGUAUGCGAUGGUCCAAAGCUGAUGGAUAAGCUUGGAGUGUAUGAAGGACGGGAAGAAGGUCCGAUAGGUGACAGUGUCCUUGCGAUUGAGGGUGGGUCAUGCUGCCCCCAGCAGAAUGACGGGUCUAGUUGUGGGAUGUUUGUAGUGAAGAUAGCUGAAUUCCUCAUGAUGGGCCAUGAUGUGCAAGAUAUGAACGAUACCGAAAUUGCUGCAUAUCGUAAGAAAAUGACAACGGAGUUGUUGGCGUAUUCUGCAUUGUAGGACUCAUGGAAUGAUUUUUUUUGUUGGGAACUGCCUUCAGUCGGGUUGGUUUAUUUUGUGCGUGUAUUGUGGAGACCUCUUCUUAAAUUGCCCUUUUUUCUGUUUUGAGCGGUGUUACUGAGUUGGGUGUUUACAGUCAUUAUGAUUGACUUAUGUUUAAUGACUUGAAGCGUUUGGCAGUUUAAGUUUAUUUUGCUCACGGUUUGUUUAGUUUUUCGUCAUUGAAUAGGGUGUGAUUAAUGUGCGUGGUAUAAGUCAUGUUGUUUUGUUGGUUUUUUUGGGUGAAAGCGAUGCAGACCCGGCGGAAUAUACUAUUUAGUGGAAC